UCUCUUUUCUGGACUUCUUUGCCUUGAUACCCAAGGCAUUUUCCGAUUGGUCUUGGUCUGCUUGCUUCAUUGCUUCGCAGGCUCUUUCUCAAUUGGACUUGAAUCUUGCCUCGUUCUUCACUUGAACUUGACUUGAUCCCCCAACAAGGACCACACUCCCACGAUCCUACUUCGAUUCUUGCCUCGCAAAGAGCGCAACCGUCAAGAUGUCCGACGAGGAGAAGAAUGUCUCCCCCGAAAAGUACUCGGCCGACGGCGUCGACGUCGUAACGGGUCACCCCUCCGAUAAUGUCGAUGGCCUCCACCGUCUUCUCAACAACCGACAGAUCCAGCUUAUUGCCAUUGGUGGUUCCAUUGGUACGGCUCUGUUCGUGAGUAUCGGUGGUGGUCUCGCCAAGGGUGGUCCUGCCGGCCUGUUCCUGGCUUACACUCUGUACUCCGGUGUUCUCGCCCUCGUGAACAACUCGAUCGCCGAAAUGAGCACAUAUAUGCCCGUCUCUGGUGGUUUCAUCCGUCUUGCUGGCCAUUGGGUUGAUGAUGCCCUUGGUUUCAUGGCUGGUUGGAACUUCUUCCUAUACGAGGGUCUCUUGAUUCCCUUCGAAAUCACCGCCAUCAACCUGGUGCUGUCAUAUUGGGCGCCCAACAUUUCGAACCCUGGCCCUACUGCCGGUCUCUGUAUCGCUGUCAUCAUCCUCUAUGCUGCUCUGAACAUCUUGGCUGUCCGCGCCUACGGUGAAGCCGAAUUCUGGUUGUCUGGUGGCAAGAUUAUUCUUAUUCUGAUACUCUUCUCCUUCACCUUCGUCACCAUGGUCGGAGGAAAUCCCCAAGGCGACGCUUAUGGAUUCCGUUAUUGGAGCAACCCCGGAGCCUUUGCCGACGUGUACGGUACAGACGCCCUCGGUCGUUUUGAGGGUUUCCUAGGUGCCCUCUGGAGUGCCAUCUUCACCAUCGUCGGUCCCGAAUACAUCUCGAUGGUGGCUGCCGAGGCUAAGCGACCCUCGAUUUACAUCAAGGCUGCCUUCAAGACAGUCUACUACCGAUUCUGCUUCUUCUUCGUCACGGGCUCUCUCGCUGUUGGUAUUGUCGUGCCCUGGAACUACGACAAGCUCCGGGCCAUCUAUGUCGACUUCACCGAGGGUGGUGGUGACGCUGGAGCCUCUCCCUAUGUCAUGGCCAUGAACAUUCUGGGCGUCAACGUUCUUCCCCACAUUGUCAACGCCCUUAUGAUCACCUCGAUUUUCUCGGCCGGUAACACAUACACUUACUGUGCUACCCGUUCCCUGUACAGUCUGGCUCUUGAGGGCCGCGCCCCUCGUUUCCUGCGCAAGACCACCGCCCAGGGUGUGCCUAUUUGGUGCUUCUGCGUGGUCAUGAUCUUCCCCAUGCUCUCAUUCUUGUCUUGCAGCAGUGGUUCAGCCGAGGUGCUCAACUGGCUCAUUACUCUUAUGACGGCUGGCGGAAUCAUCAACUAUCUCGUCAUGGGUAUCACCUUCAUCUGCUACUACCGAGCAUGCCAGGCCCAGGGAGUCGACCGAACAAAGAUGCCUUACUAUGGCCGCUUCCAGCCUUACGGUGCCUACCUGGCUCUCUUCAUCCAGGUCCUCGUCGUUCUCUGCUACGGCUACAAGUCGUUCCAGCCCUGGAGCGUCAAGGCAUUCUUCCAGAACUACACCAUGCAGAUUAUUGCUCCUCUGCUGUUCAUCGGCUGGAAGGUUGUCAAGCGCACCCGCUGGCUCCGUCCUCACGAGGUUGAUCUCAUUUGGGAGCGCCCCAUCAUCGAUGCCUACGAGAACUCCAUCACGGAGCCUGCUGUGGGCUUCUGGACCGAAAUGGCCCAGCUGGUUGGCCUCCGACGGAAGAAGUAAGCCUGUUCGAACUGAAUUGGGCAGGACUGCGGAUAUGGAAACAUGAAUAUGGGCUGGAGAUACCAUCUUGGGAUGCAAUGUGUACAUGUUAAUAGAACCAACGAAUUGUUGGAUGCAGAGCGGUUGGCUUGAGAUUAUACCCGAGAUACGAAUAUUAUGCUCUGUUGCCUGAUUUCAAA